AGAUUUUAUUUGUAACUGUGACGACCUUAUCCACGUGUCACAUAUUAAAGCAAAACUGAGAGCAGUGAAAAGAUGCCAUCGUCUGUACAAGCUGUGAAGAGACCAGAGGGUAUCCAGGGGAAGUCCAAGUCUCGGAGAAUAUGGAGGGAACCAGGAGAGAAGAGUGGAUCAAUAAUAGCUGCCCCUGGUAUGCGGAGCUCCUGGAAAAGACGUCUCGUGGAGCGGGCCGAACGGAAGGCCAUGAAAGAGAGAGAGCAUGAUCUGAAGGAGGGAGCAAAAAAGGAGAAAGAGGUGCGGAGAAAGAGGAUUGAGGAUAAACGACAGCGAAAGUUAGAUAAUGAGAAGAAAGGAGAAAUCGUACAACAGAUCACUAAUUCUGCCAAGCUAAAGAGACUGAAUAAGAAGCAGAUGAGAUCAAUACAAAAACGAUGAGACUCUUUCUAUAUAGCUUUUUUUAAUGUGUGUAUGCAUUGAAACCAAAUGUGUUUAAUAUCACCAAUCAAGCAAUGCAUGGAAUUUGUGAAAAACAGCAUUUUGGUUCAA